CCACUACACUCCAUGACAUCAUUUACCACGACCAGUUCUUCUUCUGAACCCAAUCUCACUAUGUGCAUUUUGUCAUGUUUCUCUCCAUAAAUACUUAUACGAGUUUACUUACCUCUACUGCAUACAUAUAAGAGAAAGAGAAGAAAAUUAACUAAGCAUGAAGUGUUUCUUGUUUUAUCUUGUGUUCUUAUUAGAGCUUGUCUGGUUUGGUUAUGGCCAAUCUAGUAAUCAUCAGCCUCUUGCUCCAGCUUUCUUCGUCUUUGGAGAUUCUCUAGUUGAUUGUGGAAACAACAACUACAUUCCCACACUUGCACGAGCUGACUAUCUCCCUUAUGGAAUUGAUUUUGGCUUCCCCACUGGCCGUUUCUGUAAUGGCCGUACAGUAGCUGAUUAUGGAGCAAUGUACCUCGGCUUGCCAUUGUUGCCACCAUUUUUUGCUCCUGUAUCAAUUGUGCAUAACGUCUUGAGAGGGCUUAACUAUGCAUCUGCAGCAGCUGGGAUCUUAGAAGAAACUGGUCAACAUUUUGGAGCAAGAACUUCAUUCAGUGGACAGGUAUCACAGUUUGAGAUGACAAUCGAGUUAAAGCUCAGGCCGUUCUUUCAAAACCCUGAAGAUCUGAGGAAGUAUCUUGCCAAAUCCAUAAUUUCCAUCAAUAUAGGAAGCAAUGAUUACAUCAACAAUUACCUUAUGCCUGAUAGAUACUCGAGCAGCAAAAUCUACAGUGGAGAAGACUAUGCAAAUCUGCUGAUCAAGACUCUCUCAGCUCAAAUAUCAAGACUAUACAGCUUAGGUGCAAGAAAAAUGGUGUUAGGUGGAACAGGACCACUAGGUUGCAUACCGAGUCAGUUAUUCAUGGUAAACGGCAACAACAACAACAAGAGCGGGUGUGUGACAAAGAUCAAUAACUUGGUUUCAUUGUUCAAUAGCCGACUGAAAGAUCUACCAAACACUCUCAACACAACUCUUCCAGGAUCUUUCUUUAUCUAUCAAAACAUCUAUGAUCUCUUUCAUGACAUGGUUGUGAAUCCCUCUGGAUAUGGUCUUGUUAUACCAGAUAAAGCAUGCUGCGGUAGCGGGAGAUAUGGAGGAGCCUCGACAUGCCUUCCUUUGCAGGAACCAUGCUUGGACAGGAACCAAUACGUCUUUUGGGAUGCAUUUCACCCAACAGAAAUUGCCAACAAAAUCAUAGCUGAAAAUACAUUCAGCAACUCUGCUAAAUACUCUUAUCCUAUCAGUUUAUAUGAGUUUACUAAGCUGUGAGGAAUGGAUUUCAGAGCUAGAUUUCCUCUCAUUACUAGAUUACUUUGGUUUUCAAGUUUCUAGUUAGAAGACUUUAAAUAUGAGAUUUGUGUGUAGCAGUUGCCCAAAUCUUCAAGAUCAUAAUCCAUAGUACUCUAAUGUUAUAAGUUAAGC